AUUUGGGUAUCACUCAAGCUCUCGAUUUGGCUUUGAUGAUUGUUCAACCAACUCAGGAAGUAUUUGAUCACUUUUGCCAUCUCCGUGCGUAGAUCUUGUUCGUGGAGAUUCUUGUAUCCAUCGGAGACAGAGAAGAUGAUUUCUAGGUCGUACACCAACUUGUUAGACCUUGCCUCAGGUAACUUCCCUGUCAUUGAGAGAGAGCGUACUAGUAGCAAUAGUAGCAGGAGGCUUCCUAGGGUAAUGACAGUUCCUGGUAACGUCUCCGAGUUUGAUGAUGAUCUUUCUUCAGACAAUCAAUCCUCCGUUUCCUCUGAUCGAAUGAUCAUAGUCGCUAGUCAUCUCCCCUUGAAAGCCGAGAGACGAAAAAACGGGAACUGGAGUUUCACCUGGGAUCAAGACUCAUUGUUUCUACAUCUCAAGAACGGUUUACCUGAGGACAUGGAAGUGCUAUACAUCGGAUCUUUAACCGUUGACGUUGACCCACACGAACAAGACGAGGUAGCGCAGAUACUCUUGGAAAAAUUCAAAUGCGUUCCGACUUUUUUCCCACCUGACUUGCAAUCCAAGUUUCACGACGGGUUUUGCAAGAGGCAGUUAUGGCCGUUAUUCCAUUACAUGCUUCCUUUUUCAUCAGGAUUUGAUCGGUCUAUGUGGGAAGCUUACGUGGCAGCAAACAAGCUCUUCUUCCAGAAAGUCAUCGAGGUUAUAAACCCUGAUGAUGAUUAUGUGUGGAUCCAUGAUUACCAUUUGAUGGUUUUACCUACUUUCUUGAGAAGACGGUUUAACCGGAUUAGAAUCGGUUUCUUCCUCCACAGUCCAUUCCCUUCAUCAGAGAUCUACAGGUCUCUCCCUGUUCGUGAAGAGAUUCUUAAAGCGUUGCUGAACAGUGACAUCAUUGGCUUCCACACGUUUGAUUACGCUCGUCACUUCUUAACCUGUUGUAGCAGGAUGUUGGGGUUGGAGUAUCAGUCCAAGAGAGGCUACAUAGGGCUGGAGUAUUACGGGAGAACCGUGGGGAUAAAGAUAAUGCCUGUGGGGAUCAACGUUGAUAGGAUUCAAGAUGUGAUGAGAUGUUCUGAGGAGGAAGGUAAGGUGAUGGAGCUUAAAAAGCGUUACGAAGGUAAAACAGUUUUGCUUGGGAUUGAUGAGUUGGAUAUAUUCAAAGGUAUAAAUCUUAAGCUACUAGCGAUGGAGCAAAUGCUUAAGCAACACUCUAGCUGGAGAGGAAAGGCUGUCUUGGUUCAGAUUGUGAAUCCUGUUGGGGGUAAUAAUGGGAUUGAUGAAGAUAAAACACGUGGCGAAAUUGAAGAAAGCUGCAGGAGGAUUAACGAAGAGUUUGGAUAUCAAAGUAUAGUGUAUAUUGAUACUCCAAUGUCGAUAACUGAAAUUAAUGCUUACUACCAUAUCGCUGAGUGUGUUGUUGUGACUGCCGUUAGAGAUGGUAUGAACCUUACUCCAUAUGAAUAUAUAGUAUGCAGACAAGGUCCAAAGAAGAGCAUGUUGGUUGUGUCGGAGUUUAUCGGAUGUUCUCCUUCGCUUAGCGGCGCUAUACGUGUGAAUCCAUGGAACGUUGAAGCGACUGGAGAGGCGUUGAACGAGGCUUUAUCGAUGAGUGAGGGUGAGAAACAGCUGAGACAUGAGAAGCAUUUCAGGUAUGUUAGUACUCACGACGUUGCGUUUUGGUCGAGAAGUUUCUUGCAAGACUUAGAGAGGAUAUGUGUGGAGCAUUUCAAGAAAAGGUGUUGGGGGAUGGGGAUUGGUUUUGGUUUCAGAGUUGUGGCGCUUGAUCCUAACUUUAGAAAGCUUUCGGUACCGUGCAUUGUUUCGGAUUACAAGAGGGCGAAAAGCAGAGCUAUUUUGUUGGAUUAUGAUGGUACCUUGAUGCCUCAAAGCUCCAUUAAUAAAGCUCCUAGUCAAGAAGUUAUGAACUUAUUGGAUGCACUUUGCGAGGACAAGAAGAAUUUGGUUUUUAUUGUGAGUGGAAGAGGAAAGGAAAGCUUAGGCAAAUGGUUUUCUCCGUGCAAAAACAUUGGGAUUGCAGCAGAGCAUGGAUACUUCUUAAAGUGGCCAGGGAGUGAAGAAUGGGAAACAUGUGGCCAGAGUUCUGAUUUUAGUUGGAUGCAGAUAGUGGAACCUGUGAUGAAACAGUACACUGAAUCAACAGAUGGCUCUUCCAUUGAAGUAAAAGACAGUGCUCUGGUUUGGCAAUACAGGGAUGCAGAUCCAGGGUUUGGUUCUUUGCAAGCAAAGGAAAUGUUAGAGCAUCUAGAGAGUGUUCUAGCUAAUGAGCCUGUUGCAGUCAAGAGUGGUCACUACAUUGUUGAAGUCAAGCCUCAGGGAGUGAGCAAAGGAUCUGUGUCAGAAAAGAUAUUUUCAUCAAUGGCUGAAGAGGGGAAACCAGUUGAUUUUGUGUUGUGUAUUGGAGAUGACCGAUCUGAUGAAGACAUGUUUGAGGCGAUUGGUAAUGCAAUGGCGAAGAAGUUGCUCUGUGAAGAUGCUCUUGUGUUUGCAUGUACAGUCGGGCAAAAGCCGAGCAAGGCUAAGUAUUAUUUGGAUGAUACUAUGGAAGUGACAAGUAUGCUUGAAUCUUUAGCUGAAGCAUCAGAGGCUUCAAACUUCUCUAUGCGUGAACUUGAUGAUGCCUUGUGA